AUGUCUUAUCUAAUUCGUAUCGGGAUACAUACUACAUACUACGUACGUACAUUCCGGGGGACAACAGCUGGCGCUUCCCUCGUGGCCCGUAGGUACUACUACUGUCUUAGGCUCUCCAGAGGAUGCCGGCCGGCUUGCGUGACGAAAGGCCGGAAGAGCCCAAUGCGUCCGAGGGGAGACACUAGUCGCGGCCAACGCGGCGAAUCCGACUCGACGACGAGUUCUGUGCAGCGGAGACCAACGGAGAGCGAAGCGUCACUCGCACGCUCGAUGGGUCAGUACCUAUCCACUACGUUGAAUUGGGGUUGGGACGUCAAGGCUGCAGUGCAGCGCAUUUCAGCUCUGCGAGGUGGAGCUUGGCGGAGAUGUGACAGACGGGCUGCCAGUGCAGGGUCGGAUCGCGACGUCGAGGCUGGUCACGGAUGGUUUGUUUGCAGCGUGGGUGACAGCUGCCAUCCAUUCAUUCAUUUCGAGUUUGCGCGCUGCACCGGCCUCCUUCCCCGUAUCCAGGCGACACGUUUGGACGAAGGGCUCCUUGGCCGUGCGCAUUGGUGCUCGCUGAGCGGUUGGCGCAAGGGCCGUCGGCGCUACGAUGGGACGGAAACGCCAGAUGGCCCCAGAGGCCGUUCCUGGGCUACGACACUGGACCUGGACGCGGGACCUGGACGCGGGAGGCUGGCGCGUCUACAGUAUAUCGGCCCCUACAUCGCGUUCGGACGGACCGGCGCGCUCGGAAUCUCGGAAUCUCAGACUCUCAGAAUCUCAGACUCUCAGAUGGAAGGCAGCGGCUGCCACCCUUGGCAUCGAGCAAAACGAAAUGACAGUUCUCGUGAUGGGGGCGAGGGGCUGCUAUUACUGUCCCUCCCGAGCUGGGUCCGUCCUGUGGUGCAGGCCCAUGUGGCUGCCCCGUGCUGGGCAUCUCAGGGGAAUGCCAGGAACAGCAUCGUCGGUGCCUGGGACUACCAGCCUUGGCCGUUUCGUGCGUGGGUGGCGGUGGAGGGGAAGGGGGGGGAGGUGGUUGGUGGUGGUGGUGGAUGGGAAGGGGAAGGGGAAGGGGAAGGGAAAGGGGAAGGAGGAGGUGGUGAUGGUGGUGGUGAUGGUAAACGAGCGCGCUGGGAGCGAGUAGGGGCAGAAGAAGUCAAAGUCGAGAACAGCCUUCGGUAUUCCGUAGUGCUGGAGCGAACUGUACAGUAG